GUUUAUUAUAGGUUAUGGUACGCAUGGUUUAAAGUGAUAACACCAGCAAGUUCAAAAGUAGAAAUGCCGUUGAUAGUGAUGACGGGGAUACCGUCGAGCGGAAAAUCUUCAAGAGCCUUAGAGCUCAAGGAAUACUUGGAAAAAAAUCAUAGAAAGAAAGUUGAAAUAGUUAGUGAAUUAGAUGCAAUAGUGAAGGCUGGUUACGACAAGAAUACUUUCUACGCAGACUCGCGGAAGGAGAAAAGCAUCCGUGGUGAUCUCAAGUCUGAGGUGCAAAGGCGACUGAAUCCAAACGACACCUUGAUUCUGGAUGGCAGUAACUACAUAAAGGGAUAUCGAUACGAAUUGCACUGCAUGUCGAAACUUUACAAAACCCCUCAGUGCACUAUCCACUGUGAAAUCCCCGCCGAGCACGCUUGGAUGUUGAACAAUCAGCAAGACCAGGAGCAUAGAUAUACUAGAGAAAUAUUCGAUGCUCUAGUAGCUAGGUAUGAGGCACCAGAUAGCAGAAAUCGUUGGGAUUCUCCCUUAUUUGCUGUAUCUCCAGAAGAUGAAUUGAAAAACGAGGAAAUCUACUCUGCUCUGUAUAACGUAAAGGCUCCAAAACCAAACAUGAGCACUCAGUGCCCUCCUCUUUCAUCUACCAAUUAUUUGUAUGAGUUAGACAAAGUAACACAGGAAAUUGUUAGCGCCAUUUUAUCGGCAAAGCAAACUCUUGGUAUUGAAAGUAACAUAAAAAUCCCAGGUCACGGAUUGACAGUCAAUCGUUGUGGAACUGGACCGCAGUUGACCAGACUCAGGAGGCAGUUCUUGACCUACAGUAAAAUGCAGCAAAGCGAGCCUAGUCAAAUAGCACCUUUAUUUGUACAAUAUUUGAAUAAAAGUUUGUAGGUAUAUUUUUGUACUAUAUAUUUUAUGACUCAAGAAUGGAAUGAAUAGCUUACAGAGUAUGGAUCGAUUGAGGACGUGAUAUAGAAUUUUAGCGACAAUUUUUUUUACUAAAAAAAUUAUAUUGUAGAACAUUAUGGACGCUCUACAAUUAUAUUUUACAUAUUAGUUCCAAGUACUUUUACAUAUACUUAUGUCUAAUUGAAUUUUAUAUGUACACGAGUUUAAUUUGGUACUUUGAUUCACAGUGAAAUACAUAUUUAUUACUAUGAUUAGCUUGUCAAUAUUAUUACACACGUGUGUAAUGAAA